AUGCGAGCCAAGCUGUCGACCAAUAACACCCUUAAAGACAAGAAGACGCACGUUUGCUACCACAUGCGAGACAUCUCUCCCCAACCCUCCCUUCAUGGCGGCCGAGAAAAACAAAAGGAGGGAAAGAAAAAGGAGCAGCUGGCUCGUUGCAGACUCAGUCAGCGCAUCAAUCCAGCCAUUGGUAUCUCAGUCGGCCGCCCGGAGGUCAUCCGCUCUGCAGAUCUUGGCCCCAUCUUGUUCCGAGCCAUGCUGUCGUUGGUGUUGUUUGUGGUGGUUCCGUCACUUGAGCCCGAUGCAGGAGACGACUCCGUCGUCAGCUUGGUCUUCCUUUCUGAGAAUCCCGCUCCCCGUUUCCCGACCCCUUGA